UAAGAAAAUGAAAUGUAGUUCUUACUCCUCAGGCAUAGUUCUUGGAACCUUUUAGCCUAAGCAGGCUCAGAAGUGACCUGUUUUUUCUUCCUCAGAAACAUGGAUUCCAGAAUCAUGAAAGCCUUCCAAAAGGAAAUCACCUGCCCUCUCUGCAUGAAGUACUUCAUAGAUCCAGUCACCUUAGCCUGUGGGCACAGCUUUUGUAGGCCCUGUGUUUACCUUGGCUGGCAUGACCUCCCAGAUCAUGUUACCUGCUCUGAAUGCAAGCAGAUGGUACAGAAGAGAAACUUUAAAACAAAUAUUUGUAUGAAGAAACUGGCAGCCAUUGUCAGAAAAACCAGUCUUUGGCAAUUCCUGAGCUCUGAGGAACACAUGUGUGGGGCUCAUAAGGAGAUGAAGAAGAUCUUCUGUGAAGAAGACAAGAACUUUCUCUGUUUGCUCUGCUCUAAAUCCCAGGAGCAUGAAGCUCACAAACAUUGGCCAAUCGAAAUUGCUGCUGAGGAACACAGGGAGAAUAUGGUGAAGAAAAUGUGGUGUUUAUGGGAAAAAUAUUGUGAAAGUUACAGAAACCUGACAAUGGAGAUGUUGAUUAUGGGCUCAUGGGAGAACUACAUAAAUUUAAGAAGAGAAGCAAUUAGAGUUGAAUAUGGGAAGAUGCCUGCAACUUACUAUGAGGAAGAAAAGCAUCAUUUAGAGAGGCUGCAAAAAGAGAGCAAAGACAUUUUUGAGCAGCUCAAAGAGAGCAAAACCAGAAUGGCUCAUAUGACAAAGAUGUUAAGAGGAAUAUAUGAAGAGGUGAAGGAAAUAUGCCACAGACCAGAUGUGGAGUUACUCCAGGUCUUUGGAGACACACUGCACAGGAUUGAAUCUAUGCAGCUGUAUAUAGUCCAACCUGUGAAUCCAGAACUCAGUGCAGGACCCAUCACUGGAUUAAUUGACAGGCUCAACAGCUUCCGAGUUGAUAUUACUCUGUGUCAUGAAAAAGUCUACUCCCACAUCUUCCUGUAUGGAGAGUUGAGAAGUGUGAAUGUUGCAUGCAGUCCACAAGGUUCCUCCUUGAUCAUUCCAACAUCAGAAUGCUUUCUUGCCUGGGGUACUCACACUUUUUCCACUGGCAGAUAUUACUGGGAGGUGGAAGUGGGAGACUCUUGGAACUGGGCUUUGGGAGUCUGUAAUGAUGAUUGGAAAAAUAACAGAAAUUACAAGAUAAAUGAGGUGGAGGGGCUCUUCCUUCUUGGAUGUGUUAAGGAGGGUUCCCAAUGCACUCUCUUUACCACCUCCCCACUUGCCCUUCAAUAUGUACCAAGACCUAUUGGCCUAAUAGGAGUAUUCCUGGAUUAUGAAGGCAGAACAGUGAGCUUCAUUAAUGUUGCUCAAAGUUCGCUGAUACACAGUAUUCUUUUCUGUUCCUUUUCUCCCCUUGUCAAUGCUGUUUUCUGCUGUAGUCACAUCUGACCAGACAUAGAUAAGGACUAUGCCCCAAUAUAUGAAAAAUUAAAAAUCCAAGGAAGCCCUCUUCCUUGGGUAUUAUCAAACAGGUUAUAUUUUAUUAACUUUACAUUCCUUCUAAUGUUGUGAAAACUUGUUUACUUUGUUAUUAAUUAUGGUGAUAAUAUUAAAAGCUCAUAUAUUCCUAAAAUUAGUUUUUUUUUUUAAAUUUAUUCAUUUGAGGAAUAUAAUUGCCUAUGGUACAUGAAAUAGAAUAUAUUUUCUGGUUUUAAUUUAU